UCGGUACCGGACCUGAAGGCACGGAACUUCGACUAGAAAGAGCGGUAGUGUCAUUUUGUGCGUCGAGAGUGUGAUUUGUGCUUUGUCGCCGCGUCGUGACCUUGCUCCCCAAAAUCGUGAAAUUGCUCUGCGGAGGACUUGUUCCAGCAGAAGCAUGGAUGUGUUCCAGAUCACGCAGGGCAGGUUGAAGGAACAAGCCGUAAAUGUGUCGAAGAUGGGGCUUCCUUCAGUUCCCCACCUCUCAUGUAUCCGUUAAUGUGGAUAGGAUUGGUGGGUAUGUGGUUUUUCACUUACAUUUCGUGUCUGAGACCUGACGCCCCUAACUUCGCAAGCGUUUUCCUAAUCAGAUUCUUUUGAUGGUCACUUGCCAUUCCCGCUCAAAUCACAAGUCUUUCGUGUUGCCAUCUACUCAAGUAGGUAGCAGAAAGAUAGUUUAGGUAUCUUAGACACUCAGGACGGAGAAUGCUGGAGGUCGAACGUCUCGGCUUCAAAAUGCUCGAGGGAUGUUUCAAUCCACGUACUUGAAAGCAUUCAAUGCCCUGGUAGCGUACUUGGGGAAUUGCUUUGCUUUCUCUGAUUUUAACGUUCUACUUUCUACAGCUUCUCUGUUUCUUUCACCUUGUUAUCAAGGUUGCAGAUCUUCGAAGAUCUGGUCGCUUUUUUGUGGAAGAGAGGAGCACACAUGAUCUUCACAAGAGGAAUUGAGAAGUUUUAGGACACAUGUGCAGAUGCAUCAUAUUAUAUAUCAGCACCCCUUUUUUGUCUUGGAGCAACUGGCUGCAUUAUAACACUCUUUAACCCUUAUUUUCAGGCAUGGUUUUGGGAUGUAAAGCCCUAAAUCUUUGUAUGAUGAUGCCGUGAACAGCUGACUGUUUGUUCGCCAAAUCACUUGAGGAGAUCAUUUCUUUAAACCAGUGGUUUUGGUUGUUCGUUGUUCGCAUGAAUUGAGCAGGGUGCUAUGCAGCGAAAUCCAAAUGCUUACCAGAUCCCAUCCGAACUCUGAAGUCAAGGUGCCUUAGGCCGGAUUAGUUCGGGAGGUUCGCACCCUCUUGGAACUUCUUGAUCGUCAUUUACUCGCGCACGAAGGCAACCUGUUUUUUUGCUCAUGGGAGGGGUGCGAUCUCUCAUUGAAUGUGAAUGCGAACUUCAGACGCAUCGAAGGCUUCGUAAGAAGUGGGAUUCAAAUGUACUGCGAGGAACCAAAGUGGAGGAUGAUGCUCGUUUAACUUGUUCUGAACCAGGAUGUGGGAAAGUGUUCAAAUAUCUAUCUUUGCUGCAGACGCACAUUGAGAGCGUGCAUGAUUCUUCGCCAGUCACUCAAGCAAUAUGCGUGGAACCUGGUUGUGGGGAAAUUUUCGAUAGCCUCUCUCAGUUAAAAGCACGUAUCAAGGUCGCACACUGUUACGUUGUGUGUGAAACUUGUGGUGUAUCCAUGUUGAAAAAAAAACUCAAAUCCCACACCCAAACCCAUGAAGGAGUGCAGACCUUGAUUCGGUGUUCACACCCCGGUUGAUUGCACAGUUACAUCAAGGUACAUGCGGGAGCACGACUGUGUACUCGUUUUUCUGUUAGUUAUUUUUUAAACGUUGCUGAUGUGAUGAACAACUCUCUGGAUUUUUAAUACGUGCACUAGUGUAGUUGCAGAGACUUUGCUGUAGGAUUUGCCUUAACAUAAGUUUUUUGACUAGGUUCAUUUGAUAAAUUUAAGUUAAUGAAGUAUGGUCGAAGUUUUUCAAUGGCUGGGAUGGCUUUUUAACUCUCUUUUGAGUAUGGUGGAAUGGAAGGGGGUUUGAGAGGGGGAUGAUUUUUUUGGGGUACAGUAAGAACGAGUAAGAAGUAGUGUCGCGGAUAUCGGCCGGCCAUCAGAACGUACGGCCCUGGGGAUGUAGCUCAGAUGGCAGUAUCAGAUGGUAGAGGCUGAGCCGAGCGGCGGGUCUCCGUGAAAUCCGGAGACGCAUCCUAGUGAUCCAGAAAUAUCGGAAUGUUCAAUUGUGGAGGGAUUUUUAGAGCACAAUAGUUUGCUACAGUCGGAGAAGAAGCUUUGCAACACUCUAGGAGAUUGCGAAGCAACAAUUUGCAGAUAGAUUGGACACACAAAUUGUAGAUCCGGAAUUUUCCGCACAACCAAUUAUUUUGCGAGAAAUGUAACCGGCAGAGUUAGAGCGUUUUAGGAAUUUUAGUUCCCUAAUCAGCAGAACUUAGCGUAGUUAAACACUAAUGCAUUGACUAGUGCAUUGAGAGACAUGGAGAAACGGGGGGAUAGCGGUCGCCGGAAGGAAGGGUCUAGUAAUGUCCAGAAAAAGAACCAGCUUAUGUGUUACGAAGUAAGGCCCAAUUGGCGACAGCGACAAGUGCAGGAAGUGGAUAUGGACACAAGAGAAGGAACCACCUGCGAUGACAACAACGACCUCGCAGACGAGGGAGAUUCCAGAUCGACUCUACUUGAACAAGAGAAGGAUACAAUGCCGCCACCAAUAUCGACACAUUUGAAGGACUUGACGAGGGAUACACACAAUAUUAUGAGUAUUGAAGGGGACGGAAAGACCACGUCGGACCACCAUCACAACUCCAUCCAGUACACUAUCAUUGAAACUAUGGAACAAACCCAAGACUUAGGGCACACACCAACCGACCAAAAUGACUACACUAGCCAAUGCACAACAUUGGGAAGGAAAUUUGAAGAGCUUGUUCAUCACACAUUAGAGAAACUUGGGGAAUACAUUCAGUCAAAGUGGGACAUUGCUGAGGAUUUUUUACAAUCAAACCCUCUACUAGGCCUAAUGCAUCAGUAUUCCAUAGACAAAGAGCUAGAGCUGCUAGUAGCACAAAUGAAACUGGAUGCAGAAAUUCUCCUACACGCAUAUGGAAUCGAUUCUGCAAUCGUAGGAAUCACAAAAACCUCCACAUCACUAGAUUCACCGUUGCCACAGCCACGACCCAAAUAUACCACAGUUGGAGCAUCCCUUAGCCAGAGUACUUUUAAACAGAUGACUUUUGAACAGAUGCAGGCUCAAAUAGCACACAAAGAAAACCAUACCUUCAUAGUAUAUAUGCAAAAACAUCCAGAAUCUCACUUUCUUCACAAAUGGGCCUCCAGCAACUUGCAUCCUUCAUAUUCCUCAACCACCAUGCUUGGAGGUGGCUAUUUUGAGAUCCAAUUCACUAAUGAAUCAGGCAAAACUCUAACUCUUAGUAGACAAUACAAGUUCAACAACCAUGAUAUGUUUACAAAAUGGUGCAUAGAUUUCAACUUGAAAACCACCUAUGAUUCAAAUCUAACCAAUCUCUCAAUUUGGGUACAAUUAUGGGGCCUUAGACACAUCUUUAGAACCUCCCAACUCUUCAUAAAAGCUCUUCAUAAAAACACCAUUGGUGAGAUAAUUGUGAUAGAUCCCUUCAAAUCUUAUUGUAGUAAGAUAGUAAAACCUUGA